GAACGGCACCUCAUUAUCGCUUGAUUCAGUCCCGUCUCUCUCGCGCUCUCUCUCGCUCGCCCCGAAAGAGGAUUUCUGUGUCUCUUUGUUCGAGGGUUUUGCGCUGUCGGCUCUUAUGAUCUUUGCCAGUCGUAUCGGGUCUCUUGUAACAUGACGUAACAAAUUAUGUGGGUAACCUAAUUAAGACAAUUGCCAACAGAAUCAUGAACAUAAUAGGAAAAGAUGCAAGGGAGCAUGCUACGAGUAGCCGAAACUUUCUUUUUAUUGAUGAUCAGCAUACUAGGACAACACAGUGUCAAACCUUCGGUCAAAAGCCCAGUGAUUUCUGUAUAUUGUUGCAUUAUUCCUUUGCAAGUUAGAAGAAGUUUCUCCAUUCGUUUAGCAUAGAUUUGUUUCGGAGAUCUUCAGAAAAUGCCUUCUCUGCAGUUAUUGCCAUUAACUGAGCAUGGGCGUAGCCUUUUGGCAUCUAGGAGGAGGACAUUGGCAGCAGUGUCAGCUGUCUUAGUGGCUGGUGGAACUGUUGCAUACAUACAGUCACAUCGCCGUAGAAAAAUCCCCAAAUCAGAAGAAUCUUCAAAUCACACCAUAUCAAGAGAGAAUGGAGAAAGCUUGAGCCGAAAUGGUGUUAGUGAUCAUCCAGUUCGGGUGGCAAGGCCAGGAAGAAAGGGAUUGAAAUCCCUACACGUUUUAGCUGCAAUCUUGCUCUCCCGGAUGGGCGCAAAUGGCAUAUGGAAUCUUAUGGCCUUAGUGACUACAGCUGUUUUAAGAACUGCCUUGAGUCACAGAUUGGCAAAAGUUCAAGGAUUCUUGUUUCGAGCUGCUUUUCUUCGGCGUGUACCCAAUUUUUUGCGCCUAAUUGUCGAGAAUCUUACAUUAUGUUUUCUCCAGUCCACCUUAUAUUCAACAUCGAAGUACUUGACGGGGUCCUUAGGUUUGAGAUUCAGAAAAAAAUUGACGGACCUCAUACAUGCAGAUUAUUUCGAGAAUAUGGUGUACUACAAAAUCUCACACGUUGAUGAUCGGAUCAAUAACCCGGAGCAGCAGAUUGCUAGUGAUAUACCCAAAUUUUGUUCUGAAUUGAGUGACCUUAUACAAGAAGAUCUUGCUGCAGUUGCUGAUGGCAUAAUUUAUACCUGGCGCCUCUGUUCCUAUGCAAGUCCAAAAUAUGUGCUCUGGAUACUGGCAUAUGUCAUAGGGGUGGGUGCUGCUAUUAGGAACUUCUCUCCUGCUUUUGGAAAACAUAUGUCCAAGGAGCAACAACUGGAAGGGGAUUAUCGGCAACUUCACUCACGAUUAAGGACUAAUGCCGAAAGUGUAGCUUUCUAUGGGGGAGAGAAUAGAGAAGCAUCUCACAUCAGGGAGAAGUUUAAGGCUCUUAUUAAACACUUGAAUAAUGUACAUCAUGAUCACUGGUGGUUUGGAAUGAUUCAAGACUUUCUCUUGAAGUACCUUGGUGCUACUGUUGCAGUGGUUCUGAUUAUUGAGCCAUUUUUUGCUGGUAGUCUUAGACCUGAUGCUUCAACACUAGGAAGAGCAGAAAUGUUGAGUAAUCUCCGUUAUCAUACAAGUGUGAUAAUAUCACUUUUUCAAUCACUUGGGACUCUCUCUAUCAGUUCUAGGCGGCUGAAUCGUCUCAGUGGUUAUGCUGACCGCAUUCAUGAACUAAUGAUUGUUGCAAAGGAGCUAUCCGCUGUUUAUGACAAAUCAUCGGUUCAGAGAAGUUCCAGUAGAAAUUAUAUCAGUGAAGCAAAUUAUAUUGAGUUUGCAGGUGUUAAGGUAGUUACACCAACAGGAAAUGUGUUGGUGGAUGAUUUGAGCCUCAAGGUAGAAUCCGGUUCAAAUCUUUUGAUCACCGGUCCCAAUGGAAGUGGGAAAAGUUCUCUCUUCAGGGUUCUUGGAGGUCUUUGGCCGCUGGUUUCUGGCUACAUUGUAAAACCUGGGAUUGGUUCGGAUCUCAACAAGGAGAUCUUCUAUGUCCCACAACGACCAUAUACUGCAGUUGGGACACUUCGUGACCAAUUGAUCUAUCCUCUUACAGCAGAUCAGGAGACUGAACCACUCACUCAUGAGGGCAUGGUUGAGUUAUUAAAAAAUGUUGAUCUUGAGUAUUUGCUGGAUCGUUACCCCCUGGAAAAGGAAAUUAACUGGGGAGAUGAGCUUUCUCUUGGUGAACAACAGAGACUCGGAAUGGCCAGGUUAUUUUAUCAUAAGCCUAAGUUUGCCAUUCUUGAUGAGUGUACAAGUGCAGUCACAACCAACAUGGAGGAACGCUUCUGUGAGAAGGUUCGAGCAAUGGGCACAUCAUGUAUCACAAUUUCACACCGACCUGCUUUAGUUGCAUUUCAUGACAUAGUUUUGUCUUUGGAUGGUGAAGGAGGGUGGAGAGUACAGUACAAGAGGGAUGGAUUGUCUCUCCCUUCUGAGGCAAGUCCUGGUUCAGUAAAUUCAUCGGAAAUAAAGCGCCGGGAUGACACAUUAGCUGUUCAAAAAGCUUUUUUUACCAGUGGAAAGGGAAAAACAUCAUCGAAGUCAGAGGUGCAUUCAUAUUUAGCCCAGGUCAUUGCAUCAUCACCUGACAUUGACAAGGAUGUUUCAGUUCCUAUUGUUCCACAACUCCAGAAGGCUCCAAGGACAUUGCCUCAUAGAGUUGCUUCAAUGUUUAAAGUACUGAUUCCCUCCCUUUUUGAUAGACAGGGUGCAAAGUUGUUUGCAGUUGCUUUACUUGUUGUGUCUAGAACAUGGAUCUCUGAUCGCAUUGCUUCUUUGAAUGGAACCAGUGUGAAGUUUGUCUUAGAACAGGACAAAGCAGCUUUUAUUAGAUUGACUGGUAUAAGCAUUCUUCAAAGUGCUGCAAACUCUUUUGUUGCACCAACAUUGAGGCAUCUCACAGCCAGGCUUGCCCUUGGAUGGCGAAUUCGAUUGACUCAACAUUUACUGAAAAAUUAUUUGAAAAGAAAUGCUUUGUACAAGGUGUUCAACAUGUCAGGAAAGCAUAUUGAUGCAGAUCAGAGAAUAACGCAUGAUGUUGAGAAGUUGACUUCUGAUCUCUCAGGAUUGGUUACUGGAAUGGUAAAGCCCUCUGUUGACAUUCUUUGGUUUACAUGGAGGAUGAAACUCCUAAGUGGACGUAGAGGAGUCGGUAUUUUGUAUGCCUAUAUGUUACUUGGUUUGGGCUUUCUGAGAAGUGUCGCUCCUGAAUUCGGUGAUCUAGCAAGCAGGGAGCAACAGCUUGAGGGGACCUUUAGGUAUAUGCACUCGAGACUCCGCACACAUGCUGAAUCUAUUGCUUUCUUUGGUGGUGGUUCUCGGGAAAAAACUAUGGUUGAUUCAAGAUUUAGGCAAUUGCUUGAGCACUGUGAAGUCCACCUGAGAAAUAAAUGGCUCUAUGGUAUACUCGAUGAAUUCAUCACGAAACAACUCCCGCACAAUGUGACAUGGGUACUCAGUCUUCUGUAUGCUUUGGAGCAUAAAGGCGACCGUGCAUUGACUUCUACUCAAGGUGAACUUGCACAUGCACUACGGUUCUUGGCAUCUGUUGUGUCACAAAGCUUCUUAGCAUUCGGGGAUAUUCUUGAGUUGCAUAAGAAGUUUCUUGAACUCUCUGGUGGUAUAAAUAGGAUUUUUGAACUAGAAGAACUGCUUGAUGCUGCACAAAAUGAGGCUUCUUUAGCUGAUCCUUCUGUGUGCUCCGAUACAAAUGGUGUGCCUGCUCAAAACAUUAUUUCAUUCUGCAAGGUGGAUAUUAUUACUCCAUCACAAAAGCUACUGGCUAGGCAGUUGACUUGUGAUAUUGUACCUGGGAAAAGUUUGCUUGUUACUGGUCCAAAUGGAAGUGGAAAGAGUUCCAUUUUUAGAGUUCUUCAAGGCUUAUGGCCAAUUGCAUCUGGAAGACUUGUGAAACCCAGCGAUGCUGUAUUUUAUGUACCACAGAGACCAUAUACAAGUCUAGGGACUUUGAGGGAUCAAGUCAUAUAUCCUCUUUCACGUGAAGAGGCUGAACUGAGGAUGAUUACUAUGGUGAAAACUGGUGACAACUCUGAUGCAACUCAUCUUCUGGAUGCCCGCCUAAAAACUAUUCUAGAGGGUGUUAGAUUAGUUUAUCUUCUUGAACGGGAAGGCUGGGAUGCUACUGCUAACUGGGAAGAUGUUCUCUCUUUAGGAGAACAACAGAGGCUGGGAAUGGCCCGCUUAUUUUUUCACCACCCAAAAUUUGGUGUCCUGGAUGAAUGUACGAACGCCACUAGUGUUGAUGUCGAAGAACACCUCUAUAGACUAGCAAAUGAUAUGGGAAUUACAGUUAUCACAUCAUCUCAGCGACCUGCCCUCAUACCAUUCCAUGCAACAGAGUUGAAACUUAUUGACGGUGAGGGCAAGUGGGAGUUGUGUGCAAUCAACCAGUGAUAAUUUCUAUAUGUUAAAAUCUUCAGUUGUCAGUGCAUUGCUAAUUUUGGCAAUUCAUGGCAAUAAUACAUCAGUGAAGAUGCCAAAGCUUCCCAGACCACAUACCUCAGCUAGUUGCCAUUAAGUGUUAGCCCAAUUGAAGCCAUGAAUAAAUUGAUCCAGAUCGACACAACGUGUGAGUAUUCUCAAAGUUCCAGGGAUAAGAUCAUUGUCAUUUUAGGUAUGUUUGAGCGAGAAGGCAGCUGUGACUUGGAUAUGUAAACUGGAUCUGGCAAUAUGCCCCCUAAAGGAAUGCAUGUGCCUGGAAUGUGCUAGAGUCAAUUGAGGUGGUGUACAUAUACAGUUAAACUGGGAUUUGCAUUUUAUCUGCAGGAAUAUUAAUAUCGACAUGGAUGCCGAUGAUGACUCCAUGCUCACACAACAACUUUGUUUAACAAUAAAAUGUCACUCCUUUGACAGACUGGAAUUUGUUCUCAACGUCAGCUCCCAUUACCAAACAUGAAAGGUUAUUAAUGCGAGUAUAGGUGGAAAACCAAUCUGUGAAGUCAUGCCACCAAUACUACUCCAUGGAUUAAAUUUUUAUUUUCCUUCACAUUCUGUUGUUUCUUCGAGUAUUUGUGUAUCUUUAGCUGGGAUGUCUUAGAACUUAUGCUCUUUGCUUUCAGUAGCAACAAAAAUUAUUCUCUGUCA